AUGGAAAAUAACAAUCUAUCCAUUAAGAAACCAUUAUUUAUACUGAGGUACAAAACAGAAAGCAAAGUUGCAUCUGUGCUAAAUGAGUGCAUUGAUUUUCUUGAAAAGGAUAGAUAGUAUGAUGUGGCAUGCCUUAUUCUCACAAAAUUGCUUCUAAGUCCAGCUAAGCCAGAGAGAAGAGGCAAAUGGUGGCAUGCUAUCCUAGAAUCGAAUUGGGUAAAAACUGGCUCUAAAAACGCACUGUUCCGAAUGAAGGAGCAUCUUUCAAAGAUGCUUUUCAGACAGAACUAAGGUAAAAAGAAAUUCAAUAAGAAAAAACCAGGGAAUGAGGACGAACCUAAAGAUGACAUUGAGUUUGAUUUGAUGCAACAAGAAGAUGAAGAUGAAAAGGAACUUAAAAAAUAGAAAAAAGAGAAUGACAAAGUCCUAAACUAGUUGCUAAAUGAUGUAAUGAUGUCUCAGAAAAACAACAUACUCAUGACAUAAUUAAAUUCACAAAUAGGAGAUGUAAUUAAUCCUGAUUUAGCCAACUAAUUUCAAAUAUUAAAGGAAGAGGCUAACCUUGAUUUCUAUAAAGAUACUUAUAUUAAAUGUAAGAAAGGAUUAACUUACCAAAGUCAAUAGCAACAAAUAGUAAAUGGGGAAGCGUAGGUUGAUCUUAUGAGACCAAUUUAUCAUAACCCUUUUAAAAAUGAGUUUUAUGAUGUAGAAAAUCUUGCUUUACGAUUUUACUCUCUCCAUUAAAAUCUUAAUGGAAUGCAUUGUGAAAACGCUUUGGGCUAGACUUUCUUUGGCUUAUUGAUGUGGAACGAGAUUUUUUACGAUAAAAUACCUUAUGUGUUUCAAACGCCUUACCAAGCAACUCCAUUAGACUUUGGCACCAAAGAUUUUUAUCUUCAAAGAUAAGAAAUAAUUGAUCAGCGAUUAGAGAAAAUAUCUUUGAUGAAUUAAUCUUAAUUAGGCUAAGAGUUAGAAUUAUAAUACGACAGCAAUAGAAAUAAAUUUAAUGCUCUUGUUGGUUGGGAUUCCCUCAGAUUAAACAAAAGAAGGUUGAUUGAGAUAGGCCAAGUAAUAGGUGGAUUAAGAUUAAGUAGAAUAGUUAAAAAUUAUUGCGUUGAUUAUAAAUAUUGGAAUCAUGGCAUGCCUGAUUUAAUACUUUGGGAUUCUGAUACUGGCAGAGUCAAAUUCUCAGAGGUCAAAAGUGAAACUGACAGAUUGUCAGAAGUUCAAAGAGCUUGGAUAGCCUAUUUAAGUCAAAGUGAAAUUGAUGUUGAAGUAUGCUAUGUCAAUAGAUAACCUCAAAGUCAAGAUGAAGCUGAAAAAUUAGAUAUUGUUGAUGUAUUUACUGAAAAUAAGAAUUGA